GAUUUAAAAUAGAACCAUUUACAGGAAUCGUUGAAAAUAUGAUGUUGAAGUUACGCCUCAAGAUCACUAAUGCGAACGUAAAAAAUCGCAUCCGCACAGUGAAAAAAAACUUCUUCACUGUCAAAGAUCUACGGAGUGUGUCUGGUUUUAGAUGGGACCCAGACCUACAAAUUGUCGUCGCAUCAGAUGAAGUGUGGAUGGACUACGUUAAGUCUUAUCCAGAUGCUGCCCAGUUUCGCGGCAAACCCAUGCCCAGAUAUGAUGAUCUUGAGUUCAUUUUCGGAAACGACAGGGCUACUGGUAAAGCAUCUGCCACUGGUAACUUCCCUCCCUGUGCAACCACUCCUCGAUGGAGAGAUACAGAUGUGUCGACUAACCACACUGUUGAUCUGAAGGAUGAUAUUAACAUAAUAUCUUCUGAAGAACGUGGCGAUGAUGCACCGCAUAUCCAUUGGUCUGACGACAGCCCUGGAGGCGACAACAUUCCUCGUCCGAGUCCGACACAGCAUGGGAAUGCCUCCCGCAACACGAAUUCCAUGGUUAACUCUAAAAAGAGACCGAGGGUGGAGCGACCUGAACAUCAGAUUGGCACCGGGAUGGUCGAUAUUGAGGGUGCCAUGAAGUCAAUUGCCAUUUCCAUCGACAGGGGUCCGAACUUUGGUCGGAUGGCACAAAUUAUACUGGCUUUGGAAGAGUUGGAGGGACUGACGGCUGAUGAGGUCUUAUGGGCAACGAAGUUGCUAUCAAAAGAAGAAGCGUAUGGGGCCUCCUUCCUUAACUUUGCCAAAGAGAAGAGAAUUUCAUUCAUAAGAAUGUUGCUGAAUGAGGGUGGACCGCACGUAUGAGAGAACAUUUUCCCUAGUUUGACUGGCUGGAAGCAAUCAUUCGUAGGCUUUGCCUUUAAGACAAGUCAUUAACUAUAUUAUUUUUUGGACUUGUAAAACUUAAUUUUGGAUAUUUCUACUUGUUUCUUGUUGCACUUUUGGAUAACACAUCACUUGUUAUUAAUACUUGAACACAACACGUGCAUUGAUAGA